ACUCCAACUGCAGGUCCAACCACAUCAACAACCACAACAUCUACACCUCCAACAACCCAACCUCCUACUACAACUGCAGGUCCAACAACAACCACAACAUCUACAACUCCAACAACCCAACCUCCUACUACAACUGCAGGUCCAACAACAACCACAACAUCUACACCUCCAACAACCCAACCUCCUACUACAACUGCAGGUCCAACCACAACCACAACAUCUACAACUCCAACAACCCAACCUCCUACUACAACUGCAGGUCCAACCACAUCAACAACCACAACAUCUACACCUCCAACAACCCAACCUCCUACUACAACUGCAGGUCCAACAACAACCACAACAUCUACAACUCCAACAACCCAACCUCCUACUACAACUGCAGGUCCAACAACAACCACAACAUCUACACCUCCAACAACCCAACCUCCUACUACAACUGCAGGUCCAACCACAACCACAACAUCUACACCUCCAACAACCCAACCUCCUACUACAACUGCAGGUCCAACAACAACCACAACAUCUACAACUCCAACAACCCAACCUUCUACUCCAACUGCAGGUCCAACAACAACCACAAUAUCUACACCUCCAACAACCCAACCUCCUACUACAACUGCAGUUCCAACCACAACCACAACAUCUACAACUCCAACAACCCAACCUCCUACUACAACUGCAGGUCCAACCACAUCAAUAACCACAACAUCUACACCUCCAACAACCCAACCUCCUACUACAACUGCAGGUCCAACCACAACCACAACAUCUACAACUCCAACAACCCAACCUCCUACUACAACUGCAGGUCCAACAACAACCACAACAUCUACACCUCCAACAACCCAACCUCCUACUACAACUGCAGGUCCAACCACAACCACAACAUCUACACCUCCAACAACCCAACCUCCUACUACAACUGCAGGUCCAACAACAACCACAACAUCUACAACUCCAACAACCCAACCUUCUACUCCAACUGCAGGUCCAACAACAACCACAAUAUCUACACCUCCAACAACCCAACCUCCUACUACAACUGCAGGUCCAACCACAACCACAACAUCUACAACUCCAACAACCCAACCUCCUACUACAACUGCAGGUCCAACCACAACCACAACAUCUACAACUCCAACAACCCAACCUCCUACUCCAACUGCAGGUCCAACCACAUCAACAACCACAACAUCUACACCUCCAACAACCCAACCUCCUACUACAACUGCAGGUCCAACAACAACCACAACAUCUACAACUCCAACAACCCAACCUCCUACUACAACUGCAGGUCCAACAACAACCACAACAUCUACACCUCCAACAACCCAACCUCCUACUACAACUGCAGGUCCAACCACAACCACAACAUCUACAACUCCAACAACCCAACCUCCUACUACAACUGCAGGUCCAACCACAUCAACAACCACAACAUCUACACCUCCAACAACCCAACCUCCUACUACAACUGCAGGUCCAACAACAACCACAACAUCUACACCUCCAACAACCCAACCUCCUACUACAACUGCAGGUCCAACAACAACCACAACAUCUACAACUCCAACAACCCAACCUUCUACUCCAACUGCAGGUCCAACAACAACCACAACAUCUACACCUCCCCAACCUCCUACUACAACUGCAGGUCCAACCACAACCACAACAUCUACACCUCCAACAACCCAACCUCCUACUACAACUGCAGGUCCAACAACAACCACAACAUCUACAACUCCAACAACCCAACCUUCUACUCCAACUGCAGGUCCAACAACAACCACAACAUCUACACCUCCAACAACCCAACCUCCUACUACAACUGCAGGUCCAACAACAACCACAACAUCUACAACUCCAACAACCCAACCUCCUACUACAACUGCAGGUCCAACCACAACCACAACAUCUACAACUCCAACAACCCAACCUCCUACUCCAACUGCAGGUCCAACCACAUCAACAACCACAACAUCUACACCUCCAACAACCCAACCUCCUACUACAACUGCAGGUCCAACAACAACCACAACAUCUACACCUCCAACAACCCAACCUCCUAUUACAACUGCAGGUCCAACCACAACCACAACAUCUACACCUCCAACAACCCAACCUCCUACUACAACUGCAGGUCCAACAACAACCACAACAUCUACAACUCCAACAACCCAACCUCCUACUACAACUGCAGGUCCAACAACAACCACAACAUCUACACCUCCAACAACCCAACCUCCUACUACAACUGCAGGUCCAACCACAACCACAACAUCUACACCUCCAACAACCCAACCUCCUACUACAACUGCAGGUCCAACAACAACCACAACAUCUACAACUCCAACAACCCAACCUUCUACUCCAACUGCAGGUCCAACAACAACCACAACAUCUACACCUCCAACAACCCAACCUCCUACUACAACUGCAGGUCCAACCACAACCACAACAUCUACAACUCCAACAACCCAACCUCCUACUACAACUGCAGGUCCAACCACAACCACAACAUCUACAACUCCAACAACCCAACCUCCUACUCCAACUGCAGGUCCAACCACAUCAACAACCACAACAUCUACACCUCCAACAACCCAACCUCCUACUACAACUGCAGGUCCAACAACAACCACAACAUCUACAACUCCAACAACCCAACCUCCUACUACAACUGCAGGUCCAACAACAACCACAACAUCUACACCUCCAACAACCCAACCUCCUACUACAACUGCAGGUCCAACCACAUCAACAACCACAACAUCUACACCUCCAACAACCCAACCUCCUACUACAACUGCAGGUCCAACAACAACCACAACAUCUACAACUCCAACAACCCAACCUCCUACUACAACUGCAGGUCCAACAACAACCACAACAUCUACACCUCCAACAACCCAACCUCCUACUACAACUGCAGGUCCAACCACAACCACAACAUCUACACCUCCAACAACCCAACCUCCUACUACAACUGCAGGUCCAACAACAACCACAACAUCUACAACUCCAACAACCCAACCUUCUACUCCAACUGCAGGUCCAACAACAACCACAAUAUCUACACCUCCAACAACCCAACCUCCUACUACAACUGCAGGUCCAACCACAACGUCCAACCACAACCACAACAUCUACAACUCCAGCAGUAGCUAG